AUGAGCAGGAAGAGAAACAGACCUGAAGAGUGGGGCGACAUUGAGCCUUCACCUGUCAUUCACAUCACUGACCUACCGGAGCACACGCUGGAAAUCGAUCUUGAAAAGCUGUUUGAUAAAUAUGGUCGAAUUAUUGAAAUCGUUAUGUUGCCUAAUAAACGCCAGGCUCUAGUGGAAUUCGAGGAUCAGAAUGAUGCUGAUCGCGUUGUGCAAAGGUCCAAUGAAUAUCCGUUUGCGGUUGGCAGUCAGCGAUUAAGAAUGGCCUACAGCAUGUCAAAGCGACUAACCUACCGCGGUCGCCUCGACGAUAACGUUUUGCAGUCUGGUCGACCACCUCCCUUGGAGAAUAACAUUCUUCUGCUAACUAUUUACAAUGCCCAAUAUCCCAUAACGGUAGAUGUAAUUCAUCAGGUUACAAACCGUCAUGGCAAGGUGCUAAGGAUUGUAAUUUUUCGUAAAACUGGCGUCCAAGCUAUGGUUGAGUUUGCCUCUAUCGCAGAGGCUCGGGAAACCAAGCGUCACAUUAAUGGAGCGGACAUCUACUCGGGAUGCUGUUCACUCAAAGUUGAAUAUGCUAAACAAACACGACUUAAAGUAACACGAAAUUGUCUCGAUAGUUGGGAUUAUGAAAAUCCUGCCUUGUUGGAAGAAGCGGACGUUAAUACUCAUGGGCGUCCUAUGGGAUCUGCAGCUGCUGCAUCUUUGUUGGGCAAAUUUGAAGGUGAAUUCGCCAAGCGAGCUGACGCCUACUUGCCUAAUAACCUUGCAGCUGUGGCUCCUAACUCAGUUAUCAGUGCUCUUGCUAUGGUGGCUGCAGGACAACAUCAUAAUCCUUUUAGCGGAGGAUACUCCGAAGCCAGCGAUCGGUCUGGGAGCCCAGUGAUAAUGGUCUACAACCUGAAUAUGAACCAUGCAAAUUGUGACAGGUUAUUUAAUUUAUUCUGCCUCUACGGAGAUGUGGGCCCAAUAAAAUUUCUUCGUUCAAAGGAAGGAACCGCGAUGGUUGAACUACACAGUGCCGCUAACGCAAAUAGUGCUCUCGCUAAUCUUCCCAUGAUAACGUUUGUUGGGAAUCAGCUAAGCGGCCAGCCAAGCCGGCAACAACACAUUGUCGAGGUCACCCAGCCCUACGUUCUGCCCGAUGGCAGUCCUUCCUUCAAAGACUUUACAGGCUCUCGCAACAACCGCUACACCCACGACAGCGCUGCUAAAAAUCGCGUAUACCCCCCCUCUCGUAUGCUCCACUUCUGGAACUGUCCACCCGGCAUUAGUUCCACACAACUACAGGAUAUCUUUGCCCACGCCGGGGUUCCUGUACCUAAUACCCCACGCAUACCAGCUCCAUUUCCCAACACUUUCACUUAUCUCCAUGUUAUUGGCUCCGCAGCUGAGCUCGCUGUUUGGUUUUAUGCCGUCACCGAUCGCUCUGUCUUCUCGUGGCAGCAUAGACGCCAGGCGAUGGCUAAACGACUGGACGACGGGGUGGGCAACCGUCAGUUCAUCCGCUGGACCUCCGUGGUGAGUUUGUUUAAGAAGAACGAACGGAACUCCUCGGGGGUGUUGGAGUGGAAGUCAGUCGAUGAGGCGUGUGACGCGUUGAUUUUCUGUAACCACACGGUGAUCCCUUCGCCUGGCGACCGAAUUCCCUUCAUAAUGCGUUUGGCGUUUUCCAACUCCAGCGCCUCCGCUGGCACCGAAAGACGCUUCUCGCGAACCGGCAGCGGCAGCAAUAACGGCUGGCACCCGUCCACGGCCGCUGCCGCCGCCACCGCUCCUUCUUCCAACGUCAGUAGUAACAACAUAACUCUGUAA